AUGACUGAUAGCAGGGCGCGACUUCUAGAAUCAUCCGUUCAUGCUGCCUUUGCUCGAGACCUCUCAGUUGAAGACGAACCAAAACACACUACAGAAAUGGAAAACUCUCGAGGGUUUAUGGUCAUACCUCAAUGUGUAUCUGUGGCUCUCGUGAAACAGUUGGCGACCGAAUUCGAUGUAGACAUCGCGAAAAGAAAACCUACGGUGUGUCGAGAAAAGUACAAUGAAUACGAGGUCUCGUCAUUAGGUAUCGCAGUGAGGGACGAUUUUGUGAAGGUAUGGAUUAUCCCUGGACUUAUCAGUGAACACAGGCUAAGGAAAAAGCAGAAUGUAGAAAAGGGAAUGCUUGAACCUUUGUUCUCCACGACUGCCGUGCCCCACCAACCAACAUCGAUUAAUAUGGGCAUAUUUCAUCAGACACAUGCGGACCCAUCAAAGCUGAAGACCGCAAAUGAAGAGGAGGUUUACAUUACCAUUGCAGUUACGGAUUUGGGACAAGAAAAUGGAUGGUUUACGCUCUACGAAGGAUCCCAUCAACGGAAACCACCCAUUGGAAAUCCUGUGGACCUAAAUCUGAAAGCUGGUGACGCAGUCGCUUGGAGUGGCCGGAUUGUGUACUCUCAUACCAGUGGUGGAGGUGGGAAGUUUAUUACUCUUGUUUAUCGACUACGCACUGCCUGA